AUGUCGCUCUACUAUGAAGCAGCUGAAGUUCUAGCUGCUCCUACUAAUCAAGGUGGUAGCUUAAGAUCAAGAAUUUUCAGCAAGAAAGAUUUGAAAUCACAACCAGCUCAAAUCUAUGCUCUGGCGAUAGAAUCAUGUAAAUGGAGUCCUAUUUUGAAGGAAGUCGUCGAAAAUGCAGAUUUAUUACGAUUGGAACGAAAGCUGACCCCAGUCAUGUCUCUUCUCCUCGUUCAUGACUUAUUAUUGGCAAAAAGAGGAAUUGCUCUUCCAGCCACUCAUGGUUUACGAGCAUCAAUUGAGAGACAUAAGGGAAGAUUGCAAGCAGAAUUGACCAAGGCAAGACUUCGGAGAAAAAUGAGCACAAUGGAAGCUUUAAAAGCCUAUGUCGAGACAGGUCAGGAGAAUGCAACUGACACAUCUGAAGCACCUUACCCUCGUUGGAUUCGUAUCAACACUUUAAAAAGUACUCUUCAGGAUCAACUCGAAUCUACUUUUACUGAAUUUGAACGUGCAGCAACAAUUGAUGCUGUCAGACAUCGAGGUUCUAAACGCAUAUAUAUCGAUGUUCAUAUUCCAAAUCUCAUUGCCAUAUCACCAAAUAUUGAUCUUUCAAAGAGUGAAGCAUACAAAUCUGGACAAAUUAUCUUCCAGGACAAAGCAUCAUGUUUUCCAGCAUAUCUUCUUGAUCCUCUUGCCGAAGAUGGUGAUAUUAUCGACUCUUGUUCAGCACCUGGUAACAAGACUACUCAUAUUGCGGCUAUUUUGGUUGAUCGACUUCCUGAACCAGAUGAAUCUACUCAAGUUAUUCACGCAUUUGAGAAGAACAAAGGAAGAGCUGAAACUUUAGAUAAGAUGGUCAAUUUAGCAGGGUCAAAUACGUUCACUACUCUUCAUGCCGGCCAUGAUUUCUUGAAGACUGAUCCUAAUUCUGGUACAUACAAGAAUGUUGGUGCUUUGUUGUUGGAUCCAAGUUGCUCAGGAAGUGGUAUUGUUGGUAGAGAUGAUAUGCCCGAGUUACACUUACCAGGUAUCAAGGAGCUUAGUGUGAAACCUUCUAGACACAAAAAGAAGCCGAAGAAGGCACCAGAGCCAGUUGAACCAAACAAGAAACGAAAGCGUGAAGACGAAGAGGAUAAAUUGGAAGUCAUGGUUGAUGAUGAUGGAGUCGUCACUGCUGUCGAUACCGAUGCCGAACUUCAAUCUAGGUUAGCCGCCCUCGCAGAAUUUCAACUGGAACUUCUUCUUCAUGCAUUCAAGUAUCCUGCUGCUCGAAAGAUUACCUACUCUACUUGUUCUAUUCAUGCCGAGGAAAAUGAAUCAGUUGUUCAAAAAGCAUUAGCUUCCGACAUCGCCAAGGAAAGAGGUUGGAAAAUUCUCCGUCGUGAUAAUCAAAUCAGGGGUAUGAGGGAGUGGCCAGUUCGAGGUUCUGUAGAAGCAUGUGAUGGAGAUGAAGUGGUUGCAGAAGGAUGUAUUCGAGCCAACAAAGGAGAUGAACAUGCUACUAUGGGAUUCUUCUUGGCAGGAUUUGUGAGAGACCAAACAUCAACGGUUGAUCCUGAAGCCGAGUUCAUCAGAGAUGAGCGUGGACAUCUUGUCCGCGAUUUAAUGGGGAUACCAAUCAGAAAAGAUCAGGAGACACCAGAAGAAUCGGAUACCCAUGCCCAAAUGGAAGCUGGGGAAUCUUACGAUCACGGACCGGAAGACGGUGAGGAAUGGGGUGGAUUCGAGGAAGAGGUUGCACCGAUAGUUCAGGAGAAAAGGGAGGUACCCGCUGCAGUUGAAAAGAAAGAAAAGGUCAAGGUCAACAAGCAUGCUCAUGAUGCGAUUAAGAAACGGGUCAAUAUGAGUGUGAAGGACAAGAAGAGACAGAAAACAAAAAGAUAA